GUUCAAUGGCUACCUGGAUCAUCAAAAUCAAUUUUAAAAUAUUGAAUUACUGAAUUUAGACAUUUGAUUUGAUCAACUGUUUUGGCAACUAAAAAAUAUAGUUAUGAUGUUAGGUACAUAAAACACCGUACAUAUUAUCAUAUUAAUCAUAAAAUUUGUGUAAGUAAUAAAAUAAUAAAUGAUAUAUUGAUAUUGUACAAUAAUGAAUGUGUAGAUGCGUGAUCAUCUGAUGGCGUUAGGUUAGUAUACAAUCAUCAUUUACUUUAUUCUAUCAUCAACUGGGCUCAUAUACCUUCCUAAACUAACAAAGUAACAGGAAACUAAAACUGGAUUUGGCUUUGCUUUAACAAUAACUUUAAAUCCAUUUGGUUUUACUUUAACAUAGUAAACUAUUAUCUAUUUGGCCUGGACCUGUGUCUUUUGCUCCGCAAAACCAUCUACAGUUCAGCAGUUUUCAGCUUUUAUAUAUUAAAAAAAAUACAAAUCCAAUAAUAAACCAUGAUGUUGCUGUAGCAAGUUGCUACAAAUUAAGCAAACUUUGACUUUUUCACUUUAUUCUCAUUCUGCUUUUGUUUUGGUAAACAAACUAUAAAAGGCAGAACCUCAUCACAAUCUCUCAACACACAGAACUUCAAACAUCAAUCAAAGCCUUAUACUCUCUUCUCAAAAGAAAAAAAUCAAAUGGAUGACAUAUCAGUGAGCAAAAGCAACAAUGGAAAUGUUGUUGUACUCAACAUCCAAGCUCCUCCAGCUGUUUCAAAAACUCAACUUCCUUCUUCUCCUCCCACAUCUCCACCAUUGUUAUCUGUCCACUUCAUGCAAAAGCUUAUAGCGGAACUCGUGGGAACUUACUACUUGAUAUUUGCGGGCUGUGCGGCUAUUGCCGUGAACGCUCAACACAACAAUGUAGUGACUCUUGUGGGCAUUGCGGUGGUUUGGGGUCUAGUGGUGAUGGUUCUUGUUUACUCUCUAGGCCACAUCUCUGCACACUUCAAUCCGGCUGUCACUAUCGCCUUAGCUUCUUGCAAGAGAUUCCCUCUGUAUCAACUCCCAGCCUACUUAAUUGUUCAAGUCAUUGGAUCAACCUUGGCUUCUGCGACUCUGCGUCUUUUGUUUGACCUAAACAAUGACGUGUGCAGCAAGAAACACGAUGUCUUCCUCGGAUCAUCUCCUUCUGGGACUGACCUUCAAGCAUUCGGGAUGGAGUUCAUCAUCACCGGCUUCCUUAUGAUAGUUGUUUGUGCCGUCACUACCUCCAAGAGAACAACCAAGGAACUAGAGGGGUUAAUCAUUGGUGCAACGGUCACACUGAAUGUUAUCUUUGCCGGAGAGGUAUCAGGAGCAUCAAUGAAUCCAGCAAGAAGCAUAGGACCUGCACUUGUGUGGGGAUGUUACCAAGGCAUCUGGAUUUACUUGCUGGCUCCAACACUUGGAGCAGUCUCAGCGGCCUUGAUUCAUAAACUGUUACCGGCUACACAGAAAGCAAACCCUGAGUUCUCCAAGACAGGAUCUUCUCAUAAACGAGUUACUGAUCUUCCUUUAUAAUGAUGUAGCUAAAUCUUUAAGGUCAAUACUCGUCCUUUUAUCCUUAAAUAUGUUCAAUGGCUUGCAUUGUAAGUAAUCACUAUCGGUAAGAAAUGGCUGUAGAGUAGAUGAUAUCUAUAUACAUGUUUACUUGGAUAGCAACCACUGUUCAAUUCAAUGUAAGAGAUGCAUACUAAAACAAUUUAAUUUUGAUAAAUCAAGGGAAAAAUCUUUGAGUGCAGAGAGGUAACUUGCCAAGAAAGCAUGAGAAUGUCAAACAAAACCUAAAGAAGUGUUUUUUUAUAGAAAUUGUCUCAACUAGAAGUCUAGAACCCUGAUUGCUUACCUGUUCAGUUAUGAGGGAGUAGACAUCAAGGAGUAGACAUCAACGAAUAUGGCAAAACAGCAUCCUCCAGAAGCAUGCCUCUGAUCUUCCUGGUUUAUUCAAUACAGCUCCAAGCCCAUGAGGUUAUGUGCAACUUGAUAGAAUAAAAACUCUAACUAUGAUAGUUUAAAUAGGAGACAACACAAUUUCCCAAAAACAGCUUGAAACUAAAAGUCAACUUAUUUAUAUUAUAAAUAAAAAUAUAAAAUCCUUUAG